UCACUUGACUGGAUGGUAAAUCCGGCUCCGCUCCUCCAGACUGGCGGCGUGUGUCGACUCCUUAAUCCGCCGUGUGAACCGGGAUGCUGGGGGGAGAUCCGUGAGGCGGUGGGCUCCUGGGCACGGUCCUCUCACCACCGGGAAAUGAAUGGUGACUACCUCUCGUAAACACCUUCCACUGUUUUCGGCUGUGAACGCGCAUGAGAGCGACUCCUCUGCUGAAUUUAAACCGUUUUCUGUGAGUCUUGAACGGCGGCAGCAGCAGCAGCAGCGGCGGCAGCGGCGUGAGCAGAACUAACGGCCGCUUGACAGGUGCCGUCGCCCGGCUCUGCGCGGAGAGAUGCCGCCCGUCCAGAGAACCGUGUCGGAUCUUCGCACCCGGUCUGAAGGAUACGAAAAGACCGAGGACACAUCAGAAAAGACGUCCUUAGCUGACCAAGAAGAUGCCCGAAUGAUACACCUCAACCAGCCGCAGUUCACCAAGUUUUGCAGCAAUCGAGUCAGCACAGCAAAAUACAAUGUCCUCACCUUCCUUCCCCGGUUCCUCUACUCACAGUUCAGGAGGGCAGCCAACGCUUUCUUUCUCUUCAUUGCACUCUUGCAGCAAAUCCCAGACGUGUCUCCCACUGGUCGGUGGACCACACUGGUGCCGCUGCUCUUCAUCCUGGUGGUGGCUGCUGUCAAAGAGAUCAUUGAGGAUCUGAAACGUCAUAAUGCUGACAAUGUUGUCAACAAAAAGGAAUGUCAAGUAUUAAGGAAUGGUGCCUGGGAAAUUGUGCACUGGGAAAAGGUUGAUGUGGGCGAUGUUUUUAAAAUAAAUGGCUGUGAUUUCGUUCCUGCGGAUGCUGUCAUUUUAUCGUCCAGUGAACCACAGGGUAUGUGCUACAUAGAAACAUCUAACUUGGAUGGAGAAACAAACCUUAAAAUCAGACAGGGUCUCCAAAUUACUGCAGACAUAAAGGACAUUGACAGCCUGAUGCGACUGUCUGGACGGAUGGAGUGCGAGAGCCCGAACCGCCAUCUCUAUGAGUUUGUUGGAAACAUCCGGCUGGAUGGACACAGCACAAUGCCACUGGGUCCAGACCAGAUCUUACUGAGGGGAGCGCAGCUGAGGAACACCCAGUGGAUCCAUGGUGUGGUGGUUUACACUGGACAUGACACAAAGCUCAUGCAGAAUUCCACUCGGCCUCCUCUGAAGCUCUCCAACGUGGAACGCAUCACCAACUUUCAGAUCCUCGUGCUGUUUGGCUGGCUGCUGGCCAUCUCUUUGAUUUGCUCCAUUGGCCAAACCAUCUGGAAGUACCAGUAUGGCAAUGAUGCCUGGUACAUGGAUCUCAACUCUCCAGAUGGCGGGGCGGCUAACUUUGGCCUGAACUUUCUCACCUUCAUCAUCCUGUUCAACAACCUGAUCCCCAUCAGUCUCCUGGUCACACUGGAGGUCAUCAAGUUCAUCCAGGCCUUUUUCAUUAACUGGGACACUGAUAUGCUCUAUGAGCCCACAAACACACCUGCCAUGGCUCGCACCUCAAAUCUGAAUGAAGAAUUAGGCCAGGUGAAGUACAUCUUCUCUGACAAGACGGGGACCCUGACCUGCAAUGUCAUGCAGUUCAAGAAGUGCACCAUUGCGGGUGUGGCCUACGGUCACGUCCCUGAGGCUGAGGAGGGUAGUUUUGCGGAGGACGACUGUCACAGCACACACUCGUCAGAGGAGGCUGGAUUUAAUGACUCAAGCCUACUGGAAAACCUCCAAAAUAAUCACCCUACAGCUUCUGUCAUCCUGGAGUUCAUGUCCAUGAUGGCCAUCUGUCACACUGCAGUCCCUGAGUGCACGGAAGGAAAAAUCACCUACCAGGCUGCGUCUCCAGAUGAAGGUGCUCUGGUGAGAGCAGCACAGAGCCUCGGCUUUAUAUUUUCUGGUCGAACCCCAGACAGCGUCAUCGGGGAAAUGCUCGGAACAGAAGAGAAGUACAAGCUGCUUCAUGUGCUGGAGUUUACGAGUUCGAGGAAGAGGAUGUCAGUCAUCAUGCGCACCCCAUCUGGGAAGAUCCGCCUUUACUGCAAAGGAGCUGACACAGUGAUCUAUGACCGACUGGCAGACAGCUCCAGGUACAAAGAGAUCACGUUGAAGCACCUGGAACAGUUUGCCACUGAGGGGCUUCGCACUCUCUGCUUCGCGGUGGCUGAUAUCAGUGAGUCAACCUAUCAGCAUUGGCUGGAGAUCCACAACAGAGCCAGCACCUCCCUGCAGAACAGAGGCCUCAAAAUGGAAGAGAGCUAUGAACUGAUAGAGAAGAACCUGCAGCUCCUGGGGGCCACGGCGAUUGAGGACAAGCUCCAGGAUAAAGUGCCCGAGACUAUAGAGACUCUGAUGAAGGCUGACAUCAAGAUCUGGAUCCUGACUGGGGACAAACAGGAAACAGCCAUCAAUAUUGGACAUUCCUGCAAGCUGCUGACGAAGAACAUGGGAAUGCUUGUGAUCAAUGAAGACACUCUUGAUGGAACAAGGGAAAUACUCAGCCACCACUGUGGAAUGCUGGGAGAUGCCCUCUACAAGGAAAAUGACUUUGCUCUCAUUAUUGAUGGGAAGACCCUGAAAUACGCCCUUUCGUUCGGAGUGCAACAGUACUUCCUGGACCUCGCCCUCUCCUGUAAAGCUGUCAUAUGCUGCAGGGUAUCUCCUCUUCAGAAGUCAGAGGUGGUGGAGAUGGUCAAGAAAAAGGUAAAGGUGAUCACACUGGCCAUUGGUGACGGCGCUAACGAUGUGGGAAUGAUCCAGACAGCUCAUGUUGGUGUGGGAAUCUCAGGCAACGAGGGUCUGCAGGCAGCAAACUCCUCUGACUACUCUAUCGCCCAGUUCAAAUACUUGAAGAAUCUGCUGCUCGUCCACGGAGCCUGGAAUUACAACCGUGUAGCCAAGUGUAUCCUGUACUGCUUCUACAAGAACAUCGUCCUCUAUAUCAUCGAGAUCUGGUUCGCGUUUGUCAAUGGCUUCUCAGGUCAGAUUCUUUUUGAGCGCUGGUGCAUCGGCCUGUACAACGUGAUCUUCACUGCCCUGCCUCCUCUCACACUGGGCAUAUUUGAGCGCUCCUGCAGGAAAGAGAACAUGCUGAAAUACCCAGAACUUUACAAAACCUCCCAGAAUGCCAUGGGUUUUAAUACCAAGGUCUUCUGGGCCCAUUGUCUGAACGGCCUCUUCCACUCCGUCAUUCUCUUCUGGUUCCCCCUUAAAGCCUUCGAGCAUGAUACAGUUUUUGGCACCGGAAGAACUCCCGACUAUCUCCUCUUAGGCAACAUGGUUUACACAUUUGUGGUGAUCACAGUUUGUCUUAAAGCCGGCCUUGAGACCUCGUCCUGGACCAUGUUCAGUCACAUCGCCAUCUGGGGAAGCAUCGGCCUGUGGGUGGUGUUUUUCAUUAUCUACUCGUCCCUGUGGCCCCUCAUUCCUCUGGCUCCCGACAUGUCAGGCGAGGCGAGCAUGAUGUUCAGUUCGGGCGUCUUCUGGAUGGGCCUGUUCUUCAUCCCCAUCACCUCGCUGACCUUUGACGUGGCCUACAAAGUGGUGAAGAAAGUGUGUUUCAAGACUCUGGUGGAUGAGGUGCAGGAGCUUGAAGCUUUGUCCAAAGAUCCUGGAGCUGUAGUGCAUGGAAAGAGUUUGACGGAGAGGGCCCAGCUCCUGAAGAACGUCUUUAAGAAGAGCACAGUCAGUCUGUACCGGUCCGACUCCAUGCAGCAGAACCUGCUCCAUGGCUACGCCUUCUCUCAAGAUGAGAACGGAGUGGUGUCUCAGUCGGAGGUCAUCAGAGCGUACGACACCACCAAACAGAGGACCAACGAGUGGUGAGCCGCCGGCCUCCUCGUUCCCGGCUGGCCAAUCCAGAGCCACGACAAGCCGUUUGUAAUGGGCGGUAUUUGAAGCUGAAGGGGGGAGAAGCCGAGGUGUGAGCGUGUGCCCCCCCUCACAACAAUGACGGGGGGAUUUUGGACAUGAUCAUGAAAAGGACGGAGGAAAGUGACAUUGGGUAAUCUUUGAAAACGGGGAGAGAGGGGGAAAAAAAAAACAAGGUACAAAACAAACCGUGUUCACUAUCAGCUGUAGUUGUGUGUCCAGCAGACAUGAUGAGCACUGUGCUUUCUUAGCAGUCUGUGGUCUGAAGUUUUUCACUGUUCUCGCUCAGUUUGUCGGACACGUGCCCUAACUAUUGAUUUAAGGACGCUCGCCGGCACGGAGCUUAAAAUCCAAUCAAACUCCUAAAACACUGUUAUUAUAAGUUUAAACACUGGACGAUGAUUAGCUUUUAGAUGUUUUGAACUUGUGACAGAUUGCCAAAGAGCAGUCGUAUAUACAAUCUAUCCAAGUACUAGUGAAUUCGGAAAACUUUAAACCAAAUGUAAUCGCACUGCUGAGUGUAUUCCAGCACUGAACUGACCACUUCAGAGCAGAUUUGUAAUGAUUCAAUUUUCUUUUUUUGCACUUAAGGAAGCAUCUCUUGUGUAAAGCCUUACAUUUGCUCAUGCCUUCAUCUUUACUUCUUUUAAAACAGUUUGUUUUUGUUUUGUUUUUAAAAUAUGUUAGAUAUUGUGCCUGGUGUUGUUUCUUUUUUCAAUUUUAGUUUUUAGGAGGUUGCCUCCAGCAACUCACUGUAGUCCUGUUUCCACCGUUUUUACAGCAGAAGCAUUGCUCUUGACGAAUAACGGCAUUCCACACAUCACUUCCUGUCUCAAUGAUCACGACGGUGCCUACGUAGAACUUUUCCCUCUUUAGAAGAAAAUCGAUAGCCAAGAAUAGUUUAACCAGCUAGCUUAGAGCAGUGCUGCACACACACCUACUGAAGACAAAAUCACUGUCCCCCCCACCACAGUGUUGCACUCGUACAGUGUGAAAGCUGCAGUUUUGUGUCGCGCGGCACAUGUAAACCUGAAGAUUUGUCCCUGCGGAGGUGAACGGGUGAUGAUGGUCUUGUUGAAGCUGAAGGUGGUGCCAGUGUUUUCCCUUAAAAUGGAGAUUUUAUCCUUAUAACAUAAGUGCCAUUAGCUUAAGGGAGAGAGAAAUAUUAGCCAGGAAAACUCCACAACAUUAUCAAAACUACUUUGUCUCUAUAGUUAUUUUGUGGAUUUGUAUUUUUAUAUUGGAGAUGUAUGACUUUUGCAUUGACCGGCUUUGUAACGACUCGUCUGUAACUUUUUAGUUUCUUCUGAUAAACUGGCAGGAUAGAAUAGGUCGAAUGAGAAGACUGAGCUUUCUUAAAUGUCUUGUUAUUAUUGAUAUUAAUAUUGUUAUCGCUUGAUUUAUUUAUGAUUGACUCUCUAAUGUCUGUGCGGUUGCGUUCUUCUCCCUAUGGGAGAUCAGAUUUCGGACAGUGCGAGUGUGUGUGUCAGUUUAUUGCCUGCAUGUGCAUGUGCUGUGUGUGUGUCUGCGUAUGUGUGUCGCCUCGACAGCUUCUGUGUAUGCACUGCAUGUCUGUAUCUUCCACGUGAGAGCGGGGGAUCACUUCUCCUGGUGGGUUUCUUUUAUCGUGUGUGUGUUUGUGUGCAUCAGUGUGUAUGAGAGAGACGCUUGCUUGUCCGUCUGCACGACUCCAGGUAUAGCUAUGGUGUACUACUGUGCGCUGAUGCAUGGCUCAUAUGGGACAGUGUGAGUGUCCGUGUGUUAUGAAUGAGUGUGUUUGUGUGUGUGUUUGUGAGUCAGACUCUCAACUGUGCAAGUUUUUGAUGUUCAGCUCUGCUUUGACAGGAGAUGUUGCACAAUUAGCUCAAUGUACCUUUCCAGUAGUGGACAUCUGGUGUUCUCUGGUUGAGGUAAAUGAUUUCUUCUGAGUGUUACUGGACAGGAAAGCUCGUUUGUGUUUCUCAGUUUAUUCGGGGGUUAAUGAUUUCUUUUUCCUCCCUCUGCUGGUCUUUAAUGUUAAAACUUUUUAUCGGUCGUCAUCUUGUCGAAACUUUCCAAACCGCUGAAUGUGGAUGUUGUCGUUGUGGAAGGCUUGGACUGUUGCUUACUUUUUCCCAGAAAACAUAAAACACACACGUUGUUGUCUGUGAAAGUCGUGGGCUGCAUGAAUGGAAAACACAAACUGUUCUCUGACUUGUUAACUGUACUUUUGAUUCUUUCUCGAGUGUUGAUCACUUUACAAAAGAGGAAAAAACUGCACCUUUUAUUAUUUUAAAUAUUCUUUUCUGUUAUUUUGUUCAAUGAUUGUUCUGCAUGUUGGGACUGCAAACUUAUACGUGUUGUCUUUUACUGCCAUGAAGGACUACUGAAAUAAACUUUACAACGAUGG